AUGGAUGAGGAACUAUUCGACGAAUUUGGGAAUAUAAUUGGUCAAGAUCCAUUCGAUUCAGAUGCUGAAGAUAACUCAUCGAUAUUAAGUGGACCAGAAGAUGAUGAUAAGGCUGAAUCAAUAGAACAAGAUAAUUCAGCUGAAGGUGAGUAUCAUGAAGAAAGACCGAGCUCGAACGCUCUUAUAACAACUGACGAUAACCAUAUACAAGAACUAUAUGGAGAUGAUGUAGAAAUCCUAGUAGAAACAGAAAAUACACAAUCAUUCAAUGAACCAAUAAUAAAGCCCAUGGAAUCACGAUCUGCUGGGAAGGAACAUACGGUUUUCACUCAAAUACGUAAAAAUAUUCCUCCUACAACGUACGACAGGAAUUAUCUUUUCGAAUUAAUGAAAGUGCCUGAAAGAAUAAGAAAUGUCGCCAUCAUAGGUCCCUUACACUCAGGGAAAACAUCCUUAGUAGAUCUUUUAGUCAUUGAAUCUCACCAACCUGGUAAAUUACCACAUUUGACUCGUAAUAUGGCGUUAGGUUGGAAACAAUUACGUUAUAUGGAUAAUUUGAAACAAGAAAUAGAACGUGGAAUUUCUAUCAAACUAAAUGGCAUUACGAUACUAAGGCAGGACUUAAAAGGAAAGAGUAUCGCAUUGAAUUUGGUUGACUCACCAGGUCAUUUGAAUUUUAUGGAUGAAACGGCUGUUUCCCUGGCUGCAUGUGAUGUAGCAAUCAUAUGUUUAGACAUCGUCGAAGGUGUCACAUCCAUUACGGAACAAUUAAUCAAACAAUGUCAACGGAGAGGACUAAAGAUGUUGUUUGUUUUGAAUAAAUUGGAUAGAUUGAUAUUGGAAUUGAAAUUGGCCCCCUUUGAUACAUAUUUGAAAAUGAAACAUAUCGUGCAAGAAAUUAAUAGUUUUACUCAUGGAGUACGAUUUUCUCCAGAAUUAGGCAAUGUCAUAUUUGCAUCAACAAAACUUGGGUUUACUUUCACAAUACGAGAGUUUGUACAGUAUUAUUAUUCUAAAUCGUUACCGAAAAAAUCACAUAUCGACGGAUUUGUUGAAAGAUUGUGGGGUGAUAUCUUUUAUCAAAGAACGACAAGAACAUUCUCAUACAAAAGUAGAAACAAGAUCAACAACCCCAAGAAACCUCAAGAAAAUGAGAGCAUACCUUCUUUUGUAGAAUUCAUCCUAACUCCAAUAUAUAAGAUUUUCGCAAACGUUUUGGCAAAUAAUACAAAUAACGUUUCUAAUAUGUUAUUGAAAAAUUUCAAAAUACAAUUAGAUGAGAAAUAUUUCAAAUAUGAUCCACAACCAUUAUUAAAACAUAUUCUUCAAGUAAUCUUUAAGCAACAAACAGGACUUGUUCAAUCAAUAGUAGAUGUAUAUGAUCCCUUCGUGAAUCAGAAUAAGAACUCGAAACUGAAUAAACUAAUACUCAAUCCCUCAACAAAAAAUAUAACGAAUGAAUCAACAUUUUGGGGUCAUGCAUUGAAAACGUUAGACUAUGGAGGAUCUGAAUGGACACUAGUACGUGUAUAUAAGGGUGUCUUGAAAGUUGGAAUGUCACUUCAAAUAAUAGAUCCAGAACUGAAUAAUCUUACUGGUAGCGCUGAUGAUGAUGAUAAAAAUAGUAGCAAUCAAUUUCAGUCUUCAUUACAUGAGGUAACAGAAAUUACUUGGUUAUGCGGCAGAUAUAAAUAUGAAGUGAAAGAAGCAUAUAAGGGUCAAAUUGUGCUAGUGAAAGGUAUAUCUGAAAGUUUUACUAAAUCUGCCACUUUGUAUGGAGAAAAUGAUAAUAUUACAAAUAUUUUCAAACCAAUAGAUUACAUUAAUUCACCUCCUAUAUUCAAAGUUGCCUUACAAUCAUUACUACCUAAGGAAUUACCCAAAUUAUUAGAUGGACUAGAUAAGAUUGUUCGAUAUUAUCCAGGAUGUACAGUGAAAGUGGAAGAAAGUGGUGAGCAAAUGAUAUUAGGUACAGGUGAAUUAUAUAUGGAUUGUUUAUUGUAUGAUUUAAGAAAUGUUUAUAGCCAAAUGGAGAUAAAGAUUACUGAUCCAUUUACUACUUUUGUGGAAAGUUGUUCUGGUGAAUCAUUUGCUGCUAUCCCAGUAAAAUCCUCAGACGGGAGUAUCUCAAUUAGUAUGGGAGCAAACCCAAUGGAUUUCCAAUUAUUACAAGAUGUUGUUAGACAAAAGAUUAGUGAUAACGAUUUGAAUGAUUCCAAGAAACUAUCGAAAAGAUUACGAGAGGAAUAUGGAUGGGAUUCACUUGCUGCAAGAAAUGUUUGGACUUUCCAUAAUGGUACCGUAUUAAUUGACGAUACUUUGCCUGAUGAAACAGAUAAAGAUGAAUUAGAGAGUUUAAAGAAAUAUAUCAAACAAGGGUUCUAUUGGGCUAUGAAAGAAGGUCCCUUGGCAGAGGAAAAUAUAUUUGGGGUUCAAUUUAAAUUAUUAAGUGUGGAGGGUAAAUGUGAGAAUAAAAACCAAAUAAUCCCUCUCAUAAGAAAGGCAUGCUACGUUGCAUUAUUGACUGCCACACCAAUUUUGAUGGAACCAAUAUAUGAAGUCGAUAUCAUUGUUGAGAAUAUAUUACAACCUAUAAUUGAAGAAUUAUUCCAAAAGAGAAGAGGUAGUAAAAUAUACAAAGUUGAGAGAAUUGUCGGUUCUCCCCUCCUAGAAAUUAAAGGCCAAAUUCCUGUCAUUGAUUCGGUUGGGUUUGAAACUGAUUUAAGAUUAGCUACAAACGGGCGUGCAAUGUGUCAAUUACACUUUUGGAAUAAGAUAUGGAGGAGAGUUCCUGGAGAUGUUAUGGAUUCUGAAGCUCCAAUACCGAAGUUGAAACCAGCUCCGAUCAAUAGUUUAAGUCGUGAUUUUGUAAUGAAGACAAGACGUCGUAAGGGUGUAUCUACGGAAGGAUUUAUGUCCAAUGAUGGACCGUCAUUGGAGAAAUAUAUAGACUCGGACUUAUUCAAGCAAUUGAAAGAAAAUGAGUUGAUUUAA